AUGGCAGGUAUCAGCAACGCCCACAUGAAGACCCUGGAGGACCUGACCCUGGACUCGGGGUACGGCGGGGCGGGGGACUCGUGUCGGUCCCUCAGCCUCUCCUCCUCCAACCGCUCCACCUCGCAGCAGGCGUUCGUCACGGCCGCGCACCCCCGGGGGGGCAACUGGUGGUACUACUCCGGCUCCAUGAACAGCCGGAACAACAGCUGGGACACGGUCAACACGGUGCUCCCGGAGGACCCUGAGGACAUCUUCUCCAAGUGCCCCCGCCUGCCCGACCUCGAGGAGUUCCCCUGGAACGAGGAGGACGUGGCCCACAUCCUGCGGAAGGUGUCCGGGGGAUGCGGCCCCGCUGCCCCGAUCUUCUCCCCGGAGGCGGUGCGGCGCCUGUCCACGCUGCUCCGCCGCGCACUCAUCCGAGUGUCGCGGGAGGCGCAGCGCCUCAGUGUCAUGCACUGCCGCUGCACGCGCUUCGAGGUGCAGAGCGCCAUGCGGCUCGUGCUGAGCUGGGCGCUGGCUGACCACUGCGUCGCGGCCACCGUCCGCGCCAUCUCGCUGUACAGCAUGAGCGCCGGGGAGCUGCUGCGGGAGGGCAAGUCCGCGCGGUGCGGCCUGCGUUUCUCCGUGGGCCGCUUCUUCCGCUGGAUGGUGGACACGCGCGUUGCCGUGCGCGUCCAUGAGUACGCGGCCAUCUGCCUGACCGCGUGCAUGGAGGCGCUGGUGGAGGAGAUCGGCGCGCGCGUGCUGUCGGCGGAGAGGGGCCACCUAGGGCCCGACGGGGCCGGGUCAGCCGAGGCCCUGGAGGGGGUGGUGAACAACGACGCGGAGCUGUGGGGCGUCCUGCAGCACUACGAGCACCUCAUCUGCGGGAAGAACGCGAACGGCUUCAUCGUUCACGUGGUGAGCACUGGUGUGAGGACCAGGCCCUUCCUGCUGCUCCCGCCCCUCAUGGAGUGGAUGCGAGUGGCCAUCGUUCACGCGGAGCACCGCCGCAGCCUAUUGGUGGACAGCGAUGACGUCAGACAGACCGCCAGACAGCUCCUCCCUGGACUGGACUGCGAGCCGAGACAGCUCAAACCCGAGUGCUGCUUCAGCUCCUUCAAGCGUCUGGAUGCCCGGGCUGCCACCGACAAGUUCCACCUGGACCUGGGCUUCAGGAUGCUGAACUGCGGCCGCACCGACCUGAUCAGCCAGGCCAUCGCCCUACUGGGACCGGAGGGGGUCAACAGCAUGGACGACCAGGGCAUGACCCCCCUGAUGUACGCCUGCUCGGCCGGGGACGAGGCCCUGGUCCAGAUGCUGAUCGAUGCCGGGGCCAACCUCGACGUGGCGGUGCCCCCCUGCUCCUCCAAACACCCCUCGGUCCAUCCCGACAGCCGGCACUGGGCCGCCCUCACCUACGCCGUCCUGCACGGACACAUCUCAGUCGUGCAGCUCCUCCUGGAUGCGGGGGCAAGUGUCGAGGGAGCGGCCGUGAGGAACGGACAGGAGAGCACAGCGGACACACCGCUGCAGCUGGCGUCUGCCGCAGGGAACUACGAGAUGGUGAGCCUGCUCCUGGCCCGCGGGGCCGACCCCUUGUCAAAGUCUCGCAGCGGGAACGCUCUGACAUCAUCGCUCCACGAGGACAUGAACUGCUUCAGCCACGCUGCGUCGCACGGUCACAGAAACGUCCUGAGGAAGCUGCUGACCCAGCCCCAGAAGGCCAUGGAGGACGUCCUCUCCCUGGAGGAGAUGCUGGCCGAGGGGGUGGAGGAUGAGGAGGAGAGCGGGGGGGGCCCGUUCCUCCCUCUCUCCCCGCUCUCCGGCCAGGGGCCCGGGGGGGUGGGGCCGGAGGAGAGCAUCCCGCGGCUCUGCAAGGCCCGGAUAAAGGCCCUGCAGGAGGCCAGCUACUACAGCGCAGAGCACAGCUACCUGGACGUCACCAUGGAGCUCCGGGCCAUGGGUGUGCCCUGGAAGCUCCACAUGUGGCUGGAGUCUCUGCGCAGCGCCCAGCAGCAGUCCCGGGACGGGGUGACCCUGGCCCUCCUGCGGGACUUCACCACCAUCAGGGAGGAGGACUACUGCCAGGACCUGGUCUCUGUGGGCCUUCCCCUCAUGUUCACCGCCCUCCGCACCACCAAGAAUGACGCCAUCAUUCAGCAGUUGGGCGCCAUCUUCAGCCAUUGCUUCGGUCCGGCCCCCCUCCCAUCCAUCCCUGAGACGAAGCCCUCUCUGUCCGCUCAGCUCGACCCUCACUUCCUGAACAACCAGGAGAUGUCAGACGUGACCUUCAUCGUGGAGGGGAAGCCGUUCUACGCCCAUAAGGUCCUCCUGAUCACAGCUUCAGACCGAUUCAAGAGCCUGCUGCUGUCGUCAGGACCCGACGGAAACCAUGGCAACUGCAUCGAGAUCAGCGACGUCAAGUACAGCAUCUUUCAGAUCAUGAUGUCCUACCUGUACUGCGGCGGAACAGAGUCUCUGAAGACCAACGUGGGCUCCCUGCUGGAGCUGCUGUCAGCGGCCAGCGUCUUCCAGCUGGUGGCGCUGCAGAGGCACUGCGAGCUCAUCUGCUCCCAGCACAUCACCCUGAAGAACGCCGUCAACAUCUACAGGACGGCCAAGGCCCACGGUUCCUUGGAACUGAGCGCGUUCUGCGAGGGCUACUUCCUGCAGAACAUGUCCGCCCUGCUGGAGAGAGAGGGCUUCCGAGCCCUCCUUCUGGGGCCCCAGGCCGGGGCCCGUGGCGGGGGGUCGCCCCGCGUGGAGUCGCCCCUGGAGCAGCUGGAGGCUACGCUAGCGCGCCGGCUACGCUCGCUCUACACCAGCUCCAGAGUUUGAGGAGCAGCUAGCCAUCUGGGAGGCUAACGGAGGAGGCUAAUGCUAACAGAAGGAGAAGGAGCCAUUAGCCAUCUGGGAGGCUAACAGAUGAUGCUAAUGCUAACAGGAGGAGGAGGAGCGACUCUUUGCAGUGAAGGGACACGUGAUGAAGUUUGGAUGAUUUUUUUCAAUGGCUGGUUCAACUCCCAAAAUAGGACAAGUCGUUUGGAUUUGGAUUCUACAUCCGUGAUUGGGAGCAACUUCUACGUUUGACACUGUGGGAGUGAGAGACUCCUGUUGUUGCCGUGUACAGUAUGAACAUAUAGAGAGGAGAGGAGGGAGGUUGGAGUAUUUUUUUCCCGGAGCUCUGGAAGCUGGAACGGAGGAAGAAAGAAGCCACAGGGAAACUCGGGGACAAUGCUGCGCCCUAGUGGCGAACUGCGAGGCUCUCUGAUAAUUACACGACAGCCCUCUAGUGUCGAACUCUUAUCAUUACAGGACAAUACUGCCUUUUCAAAUGAGAACCGACAAUUUUGGAUAACUUCCGCCCCCUCCUAAUAUAAAAAUCUGCCAUUCAUAAAUUAUUUUAGCCUGGAAGAACCGGUUUCAACGGCAGUUUACACCUGAAAAUAAGCAAACAACAAAGAUAACUGUAGCAAUGUCAAUGCUACUCUCCACCUUUACUGGGCUCCCCCAGACAAAGGACGCAGGGUGAUGGUGUUGAAUUCGGUUCAUUGCAACGUUUGCUGAUAAUGAUACAUGGCCUGGUGCUCCAUGUUGCCAUGCAGGAGAUCUCUCCCUAAGUGUGUUGUGUGUGGUGACGGCUGGUUACACCUAGGCACAUUGAUUGCUCAAUGCACAACAGGUGUGCAGCCUCACCAAGCCGGCCCCAGAGUCAAAUCAGACUUGGACCAGGGGAGGUUGCUUCAACCAGCCAUCAUCCACACACACUCCCACAAUAACAUGCAGACAUUUUUAUGUGAUUAACAAAUGCAUACAGGUUAUUGCUGUAGUGGGGGGGAAGAGAAGGGGUUCAUAUCGACAUAAGCUUUGCAUUUCUCUGCUGCAGAAUGGGAUAGGACCUUUGGUUUUUGUAAAUGUCUCCUUUUAGCAUUUUGCUUAUGAACAGAAGAGAGGAUUGAGAAUAUAACAUUGAACUGGGAUGAUAUUUUCUAUUUAAAGAAAGAAAAAGAUGUGAGUAUUUAAGAGGGAGUUCCCUUUUCUUUAUUGUGUUUUUGAUUCAAGCAAAUUAUUACGAUUAAUAUUGAUGUUAAAGUAGCUUUUGUGUUGCUAUUUGUUUGUUACUAACGGUGAAUGAAGCUGAGAGUUUAUGCUUUACAAAGAGAGCAGAAAGGUAGCCUGGCAAAUGUUUUAAUUCCCCGGUCUGGUAAGUCUUAUUACACUGCUAAUAAAUCAUUGGUUGGAUAUCCUAUUUUUUUCUAUUUGAAUUUUCCAUGAAUCACAAUAUAUUUGUGACUUAAACUGCAAUCAAUCAAUGAUGUUUCAAUUGUCGGAUAAUGUUUCAUAACACAUUUUAUAUCAACCCAUUAUUUCGGCUCUCCAGAUUUGUGGACGUCAUUGUAAGCAGAAGCUAUUGAGAUAAACUGCUCUGAUGCUUUCAUUGAGAUUAUAAUAAACGCUCAAGCCUGGCUACCACAACAAAAGCCUCUUCAUUUCAAAGUAAAUUAUAUAAAUGUGUAAAAACAUAGUAAAAUACCGAAAGAUUUAUUCUGGGAUUACUUAUUAACAGGAUUCAGUUCUCGAUACAAACGUAUGAAGUAAAAUACUAUCUCCUUGUUUGAGAAAGAUUUCAGAAAUCCUUGGAGUGAGAUUUCAGCGGAACAUUUGUCGGGGGCCAUCAUGCGCUGAAACGGGACUACUAACAGCCAUUUCCCAGUUUUAUAACUUUUAAUCCUGAGCCAAACCACGAACAAAUGAAAUGUCAUCAUUAUACUAUUGACCACCGGUUUAGGCCUUGACCUACAGCGGACCUAAGGCAGUAUUGGCCAUUUAAACAAUCAACUUACUUUUGAAUCACUGCAUGACAACUCAAAGAAAAACUCGAAAAUAGUGAAAUAGCAUGUAAUUUGAGUGAGUGAUAGCAGUAGCGGCGGAGAGCGUGAAGAGGGUCAUCUGAUCGAGUCUAAUGCCGCGUUUCCACUGCAGGGUGCGGUACGGUUCGGUUCGCCUCAGUCCGGGAGGGACUGAGGUUAACACUCUAAACCGCUCAGGUUUGGAUCCCUGCAAAAACGUCGACAGGGGUACCACUGUCGUUUUUUAUUGGUCAACAUGGAAAAAACAUGAGGGGUAACUCUGUCGUUUUUUAUCGGCCGUCAUGAAAUAAACAUAAGGGGUAACACUUUCGAUAUUUAUCAAAUAAAACAUAGGGGGUACGACUGUUGUUUUUCUUUGGUCGUCAUGAAAAAAACCACAAGGGGUAACACUGUAGUUCUUUAUUGGUCAUCAUGAAAAAAACAAGGGGUAACGCUGUCCUUUUUUAUUGGUCGUCAUGAAAAAAAAACAUAAGGGGUAACACUGUUGUUUUUUAUUGGUCGUCAUGAAAAAAAACAUAAGGGGUAACACUGUUUUUUUUUAUUGGUCGUCAUGGAAAAAAACAAAAUGGGUAACACUGUUGUUUUUUAUUGGUCGUCAUGAAAAAAAACAUAAAUGGUAACACUGUUGUCUUUGUCAAAUAAAAUAUAAGGGGUAACACUGUCGUUUUUUAUUGGUCGUCAUGAAAAAAAUAUAAGGGGUAACACUGUCGAUAUUUAUCAAAUAAAACAUAGGGGGUGACACUGUUGUUUUUCUUUG